CACUGGACUCGGGGACCACCGGCCCCAGAACCUCAGCGUCGGGGCUGGGCGCGGCGUCCUCCCACGGCCCCCAGCUUCCCGGGGGAGGAGCAGCGCAUCGCGCAAGCAUCCGGGAUCGGCGGAGGGGGCGGGAGGAAGGGCAAGAGGAGGAAGCGGGAUUUAAACGAAAGGCGGUGACGCCACACAAAAGAUUCCUAUAGGCUCCGGGGAGGUUACGGCCGAGGUGGCGGCGGCGGCGAGCCGGGGGCGCUAGUGUCUAUCUGUGAUCACUGCAAGGGCAAGAUGCAGCUGGUGGCCGACCUGCUGCUGCUGUCUAGCGAGGCGCGCCCGGUGCUCUUCGAAGGCCCCGCCUCCCCGGGCGCUGGUGCCGAGUCCUUCGAGCAGUGCCGGGACACCAUCAUCGCGCGCACCAAGGGCCUGUCCAUCCUCACCCACGACGUGCAGAGCCAGCUCAACAUGGGCCGCUUCGGAGAGGCAGGGGACAGUCUCGUGGAACUGUCAGACUUGGUGGUAUCGCUGACCGAGUGCUCUGCACAUGCGGCCUACCUGGCGGCCGUGGCCACGCCGGGUGCUCAACCUGCACAGCCUGGCCUUGUGGACCGCUACCGUGUGACACGCUGCCGCCACGAGGUGGAGCAGGGCUGUGCUGUGCUUCGAGCCACCCCUCUGGCUGACAUGACCCCGCAGCUGCUGCUGGAGGUGUCGCAGGGCCUGUCUCGAAACCUCAAGUUCCUGACGGACGCGUGCGCCCUAGCCAGUGACAAGUCACGGGACCGCUUCUCGCGCGAGCAGUUCAAGCUGGGCGUCAAGUGCAUGAGCACCAGUGCAUCUGCACUGCUGGCAUGCGUGCGCGAGGUGAAGGCGGCACCCAGCGAGCUGGCCCGCAGCCGCUGCGCACUCUUCAGUGGGCCCUUGGUACAGGCCGUGAGCGCCCUGGUGGGCUUUGCCACCGAGCCUCAAUUCCUGGGUCGUGCAGCAGCCGUGAGCGCUGAAGGCAAGGCGGUGCAGACCGCCAUCCUGGGAGGCGCCAUGAGCGUGGUGUCCGCCUGUGUGCUCUUGACCCAGUGCCUCAGGGAUCUGGCGCAGCACCCCGAUGGGGGCGCCAAGAUGUCGGACCACAGGGAGAGGCUGAGGAACUCGGCCUGCGCCGUGUCUGAAGGCUGCACCCUGCUAUCUCAGGCUUUAAGGGAAAGGUCUUCACCCAGGACUUUACCGCCAGUGAAUUCCAAUUCUGUGAAUUAGCACCCCACCCCACACACCCCCAUACCCAUUUUCCACCCUAGGCUAAAGGAAGACACUUAUUCCUCCCCUCUCCAUUUAUACCAAAGAAAUCAUAGGUGACUCCCCCUCCCCCAUAUUAAAUGCUCAAGAGGAUUUUUCCAGAAGGCAGGGCCAUGCACACAACUUACAUGUACACAGUGGGCCCAGGUGUCUACCAGCCCACUGUAGAGACUCAGAUGCAGAAGAUGGGUGGGAAGUCUGUGGGCUGCAGGAUUACCCCUACACACUCCAACCCUUCAACUCUAUUAAUUGGGCAGGAAAGACGUCAUGAGUUCAUUUCUUAUUUUUAAUUAAAAGAAAGGUUACCUCAGUUUUCACUCCUUAGACAUGGAUGUAGCUACCUUUUUGUAUGUUGUUAUUUUUGUUGAAUUAGAGUAUACAUGGUGUGAUAAGAGUAUGACUUUGCCAUGUGAUUUGCAAGUGGGGGGAAAGCUACUGUGAGCGUGUGUUUUAUUUUUUAAUUUACACUAUAGAGUGAUUUUUCCCCCCAAUGUCAAGUUUUUACCCUGCAUGUACUGGAGUAUUUAUUUCAUCUAUUAAAUUGUUAUGUUUCUCAGAUGGCUUUUUUUGCAGUUCUAUAUUUUCACUAACUCUGCAUGCUGCCUGUCAUCUGUGGGAAGGGGCUGCCAGGGAAAGGUUUACUUCAGUUGUCAAGUGAAUCCCCGGUGCCCACCCUUUUUCACUUUUCUUCAAGAAUUACUCUUCUGAGCAGCCUAGCACCACAGAAAGACAAAUGUGUGUGAUCUAUUUUUAAAAGCAGGCAACAUGGGAUUGGAUUAUGCAGUGCUUGGGGGUGGGCUGUUAGUGGGGGUUUUGUCUUCCUUCUAGUUUUUCUGGAGAGUGAUUUUGCUGUCUUUGUCACUGCUCAUCUCACUAUCAUCGUGAGCCACGGUUCAGACUGACUGAAGUCUGAUUUGUGCUCUGCCUGUCGUUUUCAGGUUAAAGUACUUCCUAAUACUGUGUGGGCUGCAGCCUCCUUGCCAGCUCACAGGAUUACUGCAUGGGACUCAAGAGCACUGUGCAUCAACUUAGUGUAUUUAGCAUCUAGUGACAAGGCUAAGCCUCACUCAGAAAUCUCCAUGACUUUAGGGACUCCUAGGCUUUUUGAUAGAUGAGAAUGUCUCCUCAAGAGUGUGGGAACUUUCUAGAGCAUAAUUGCUGGCAGAGGGCUUGUUUCUGUGACCUUGAUUCAAAUGGUUGAUUGUGUUGAUUGAAAUCAUGUCAUGGUAGUUUGUCUUUUGGGUAGACAUAAAGGGAUUGGGGAUGGGGGUUGUAAGGGAGUGUGUAGUUUGUUGAAGACACUGUUGAGUAGUUCUUAUUAAAAGAAUGACAAACCUAUUUACAGUCUUGAAGCCUGGAAGAGCCACACAGGCAAAAGGACUCCUACAGUCUUUAAAUGUAUCGUUUAUGUUUUUCUUGGGAUUUAUUGUGCUUAAACCUUGGUGGUGCCCACAAAUCUGAAAAGUUUUCACUAUAAAAUAUCAGCAUGAAGAGAGUCAUACUGACUGCUUGAAUGGCUGUAUUUAUUGCAAGAAUAUGAAAUUUCACUUGUAAAAUUAUCUCUCUCCCACUCUUAGAAAAAUGUUAAAAUACAAUGGUCAGGGGAAAGCUGGCCAUGGUGGCUCACAUCUGUAAUUCCACCAUUUAUGAAGCUGAAGCAGGAGCAUUGCUGUGAGUUUGAAGCCAGCCUGAGCUGCUUCAAACAAAAAAUAGUCAUUAGGAAAAUGAUCAAAGGAGCAGUCAUUUUCUCUGUGAGGUCCUGGAAGAGUUAAACUAUAAAGUAAAAUAAAGUGACCUUGAGCGUUA